GGCAAGUAGAAAUAAAUAACCAGACUGGCAGUGGUGGCGUAGGAGAUUUCAAUGGAAAAGAACCCGAAUAUGGUUCGAUAUCAAUUCCGAAUAAUACUACUUCCCGGAAGAAGAACGCACAAAUCUGUCCUUAUUUUCAUUUUGCUGAAUCUACUUAA